CUUGAUGAACCCAUGAAUUCAAUCGAGUUUUACAUUUCGUGUCAUAUAUUCAAAGAGAUCUUAGAGUGCGUCCAAUAUUUGCAUGAAUUGGAUCCACCGGUCAUUCACCGGGACCUCAAACCCGACAAUAUAUUAGUGACACUAAAUGUCAGAAAUGGCAGAUAUUUUAAACUGGGUGACUUUGGUUUGGCGACAGUACACGACCGGAAUAUUCAUUCAAUGACUAAUAAUAAACAUACGGGAGAUGUCGGCGACACUAGUUAUCAGGCGCCAGAAGUGGUUUUUUGUGAAAAAUAUGACCACAGGGUAGACAUCUAUAAUCUGUCCAAAAUUGGUGAAGGAAUCUUUGAUUUGAAUAUCAAUGACAAACGCACUAAUAACAAUAAUAACGAAGUUCUGCGUAAACGUGUGAUUAAAUUACAAGACUUACUGCAAUCAAUGGCAUACUAUAACUGGGAUCACCCGAACAAACCCGGCCCUCACUGGAUAGACAGACCCGAGUGCUCACAAUUCGCCAAUUGUUUAGAACUUUUAUUAUUACAUAAAACCGUUACACCGGAAGUGUUAGACUUCCGGUCCACUCAACCCUUUUCCGUAUAUCGAUUUGCUCGUCACUCCGGUCACGAGCCGUUUAACCUACAUUGUGUAAUCACUUGGUGUUCAAGAGCUACCACUUAUUAUAACCGGAUAACCGAUCCCAGGAUCACUGCCAUCACUGUGUCUACUCUCUCGCAUAAGCCAAGCGUACAACUGUUGUUGGUUCUGGUCUUGGAGUCACGCCUGGACUCUGCAAGGCUUCCCAACUGGUGGACACCCCACCCCCAUCCCCACCCCCGACGGUUGCCAGACAUCCCAUCAGAAACCCAGAUUAGGUCUCAGUUGGGCUGUAGGUCUACGAGUGGUCAGGAGUCCACUCCCGAGACAUCUGUCGACUGCCGGUUAACGCACGCAAGCAAAGGCCUUUAA